AUGACUAAAAAACCUAUGCGGGUGAUAAUUGUUGGUGCCGGCCUGGCAGGUCUAGCUCUUGCACACGGAUUGCAAAAGCUGAACAUCGCUUUCGUCAUUGUUGACCGAGAAACAACCCCCAGAGAUCGCAACUGGUGUAUUACCAUGUCGUGGUCGCUACCUCUACUGCAAAAGCUUGUUCCAGCAAGUAUCUUCGAAUGCAUCAAUCUAUGUCAACCGGAUCCUACAACAGACCCAACCGAAGCAGGCAAAUACGGUAUUGCUAUACGUGACGGCUCCACGGGCAAGGUCAAGAUCCGAACUCAGUUCCCGGGAAUCCGACGGGUUAAUCAUAAGAAAACGAAGCAUCACUUAUCGCAGGGUCUUUCGGUACAAUACGGAAAACGACUUGUAGAUAUAACUGUUGGGCCAGACGACGACGAAGUGGCUGCCCAUUUCGAUGAUGGUACACAAGAAACAGGCACGAUAAUUGUCGGCGCUGAUGGUGGAAUAUCUCAGGUGCGACGAUGGUUACUCGGCAAUGAAGCCGCACAAGAAGUGUUACCAUGUCAGUUCAUGAACUUCUCAUUCGGCUUGCCAGCAGAUUCAGCCCAAUGGCUCGAAAGAAGCCUUGGCCCAACUAUUGAGGUCGCCGCGCACCCACGCGAUAUGUACAUGGGCAUCUCGUUAUUGGACAAGCCAGAUACAAAGAAGCCUGAGACGUGGCUAUUCUACAUUCUCGCGGUAUGGAAAUUGGGUGACACUUCCGAUGGCCAAGGCUCUGGCAGCCAGCUUUCCGAGCUUCGAUCACGCAUGGAUGACUGGGCUGAUCCUUUCAAAACUGUCGUCGAGAUGCUUCCCGAUGAUACUUUUAUCAAACAAGAUAAAUUGAGAAUUUGGCAUACAAAACCAUGGAACAACCACCAGGGGCGCGUAACUUUGAUUGGCGAUGCGGCACAUAGUAUGACGUUUCAUCGGGGACAGGGUGGCAACCUGGCGAUCAAAGAUGCCUAUGAACUUUUCAAUAAACUAGUGUUAGUACAUAGAGAGGAGAAUGACCAAAAGGAGGCUAUAGAUACCUAUGACAAGGGUGCAUUGCUUAGAGGCGAAGAAGUUGAGAUUUCUCGACAAUGUACGAUGGCAUUCAUGGACUAUGAGAAUUUGGAAAAUAGUCCCCUGUACCAAAUUGGCAUCAACCCGGCGAUGCAAUAUUAG